AUGGUGCCCGAGCGGAAACGCCCUCUGGUCUCCCUGCGCACCGCCCCUCCCAGCUCCAUGGGUAUCGGAGAGGUGGUGCGGGAGAAUGGAACCACCAGCCCCCGAUCUGGACGUCCACGAGUGCAUAAUCUGAUGUCUGUGGACAACUUGUUUGUUGCGGUUGAAGAGUAUGACAACUAUCAGUUUAAAGACUCAAAGGAUGAGUCAUUGGAGGACUUGCAGAAGCUGGCCUCCAAGCUGCCAUGGACCAAUGCAUUGAAGGUCUGGAAACUGAACACCUCUCUGAAGAAGAACAGACGACCCCAUAGACGGUCCCAAGGGGAGAGGAGGGCAGGAGAAAAACACAGCUUCUUCCCCAACAAGACCGCCAGGGACUUUGGUGGAGCCAUGCAAGACUUCUUCAAGUGGAAAGCGGAUAUGACCAAGUUUGAUAUCAAUUUUAAUACACCAGGGCUGCCCAUAGACAUGGUGCAGUGGGACCUGUGUCAUCUACCCAUGAGAACCAGCUCAGUGGGCAUCAUUAUCACUGACAUGCCCUUUGGGAAGAGAAAGGGCUCCAGAAAGAAGAACUGAGACCUGUAUCCGCCCUGUGUAAGAGAGAUGGCCCGGGUGUCCAGACCAGGCUCAGGGAAGGCUGUCAUCCUGACCCAGGAUAAGAAAUGCUUUCAAAAGGCCAUUUUGAGGAUUGGAGAACUCUGGCGGAAGCAUCACAAUGUCUGGGUCAAUGUAGGUGGCCUACACGCAGGGGUGUUCCUCCUCAAACAGACAGCAGGGAUCUUUGGCCAAACCCCAGGAGACAUCCGGGAACCACUAGAAGAAAAAGCAGCAAAGGAAAAGGAGGAUGAGUGA